UAUUCCUGGUCACCUUCUCAGCACUUCAAUGAGGACAGAUACUCUCCUGCACCAAGGAGCAUGAAGGGUUUAUCUGGCAGCCGAACUCAGCCACAGCUAAGUUCAGGACACACUUGUGGCUUAGCAGAAUGUGAACAUUCCCACGACCAUAUCCACCAUGGGCAGGACUCGAGGCAAUCGUAUUUACUUAGCCCUACGGACAGCUGCCAAAUGGACCACCGCUGCUCGCCUCGUAGCUCCAUCCACUCAGAUUGCAUGAUGAUGCCUGUGACGGUGGGAGACCACAUGUCAAGCAGCACCUUCCCAAGAAUGCACUACAGCUCUCAUUACGACACCAGGGAUGACUGUGCCAUGUCACAUGCCAGCAGCAAGAUCAACCGAAUCCCAGCCAACCUCUUGGAUCAGUUUGAAAAGCAGCUGCCACUGCACCGAGAUGGCUUCCACACCCUGCAGUACCAGAGGACAUCCACCACAGAGCAGCGCAGUGAAAGCCCUGGAAGAAUACGGCACCUUGUUCACUCGGUCCAAAAACUGUUUACCAAGUCUCACUCUUUGGAGGGGUCUUCAAAAAGUAAUAUGAAUGGAACUAAGGGAGACAGCAGAAGUGACAGCCACUAUCACAGUCACCACUCGAAACACAGUAAAAGGAGUAAAAGUAAGGAGAGAAAGCCGGACUCCAAGCAUAGAUCAGGGAUGGGCUGGUGGAGCUCUGAUGACAACCUGGAUAGUGACAGCACUUACAGAACACCAAGUGUCAUGAGUAGGCAUCACGUUGACCAUAUCAGUCACUGUUACCCAGAAUCUAUACAAGGCCACUUUGGGGACCUUACACUAAAGACUUCAAAAAGUAACAAUGACGUUAAAUGUUCCGCCUGUGAAGGGCUGGCCAUGGCACCUGAAGGAAAGUUCAUGAAAAGGAGCUCAUGGUCAACUCUAACUGUGAGCCAAGCGAAAGAGGCUUAUCGCAAGUCAUCACUAAAUCUGGAAAAGCCAAUGAUGCAUCAGGAUAUUAAACCAUCCCUGAGGCCAUGCCAUUACCUACAGACACCACAGGACGAGUGGGGAGGGUACCCAGGGAUUAACAAAGAUGACGAGAUCCCCUGCAGGAGGAUGAGGAGUGGGAGUUAUAUCAAAGCCAUGGGAGAUGAUGAAAGUGGAGAGUCUGACACCAGCCCUAAAACAUCACCAAAGGCAGCCGUCCGACCAGAUUCCCUUGUCAAAUUUGCUGGGCAGAGACCACAUGGAGAUCAUCAAAUCCAGACCUACCACCUGCAUGCUGCGAGAGAUAUGCAUCCCAGUGUCAGCUUGAAUCCUGCAGCCAACUAUAACUGCCCCAAGUUCCGUUCCAGAAAUCAGAGCUACAUGAGAGCAGUGAGCACCCUCAGUCAGGCAAGCUGUGUUAGUCAGGUGAGUGAGACUGAGAUCAAUGGCCAGUUUGAAUCAGUUUGCGAGUCCGUUUUUAGUGAAGUAGAAUCUCAGGCUAUGGAUGCCUUGGACCUGCCUGGCUGUUUCCGCACUCGAAGCCACAGUUACCUGCGUGCUAUUCAGGCUGGUUACUCCCAGGAUGAUGACUGCAUACCUUCAAUGACAUCUUCCACAGUCACCUCAACUAUCAGAUCAGCAGUAACAUAUACCACCAGUUACAAAAAGACACCACCUCCCGUCCCUCCACGCACCACCUCCAAGCCGCUCAUUUCAGUCACAGCCCAAAGCAGUACGGAAUCCACCCAAGAUGCCUACCAUGACAGCAGGCAUCAAAGGGGGGGACUGUGGCCUCUUGAAAUCCGAGGCAUGUACAACUCUACUGACAGUCUAGACAGCACCAAAGCAGUAACUCUCGCUAUGGAGACGGCAUCCGGCAAGCGACAUGCUUCUACUGAUAGCCACAGCUCAGUUCUCACCAGCGAUAAGGGCAUCCUGGUGAAAAAGGGAGACGAAUUUCUGAAGAGUCGGAGAUCCUCCAUAGGGAUUCAGGUGGAAACAGCGACUGAUUCUGAAUCAGAAGGCAGAGGCCUGCGGGAAUACCAUUCAGUUGGAGUACAAGUGGAAGAUAAAAACCGACAUGGGAGGUUCAAGCGCUCAAACAGCGUCACUGCUGCUGUUCAAGCUGAUCUGGAACUGGAAGGUUUCCCCGGCCACGUCACCAUGGAGGACAAGGGCCUUCAAUUUGGAGGCUCUUUUCAACGGCACUCUGAGCCCAGCACCCCCACUCAGUACGGUGCAGUCCGGACUGUAAGGACCCAGGGCCUCUUCAGUUACAGGGAGGACUAUCGGGCUCCUACUGAGCUCCCUAGCCCUCAGCCUGACCCAUGGCUUGUGGAGCCGCCUCGCGAGGUGGUAGACACAGGCAGGAUGUCUCCUUGUCGACGUGAUGGAAGCUGGUUCAUGCAGAUGCUACAUGCUGAGACCAAGAGGAUGGAAGGAUGGUGCAAAGAGAUGGAGAGAGAAGCAGAAGAAAAUGAUCUCUCAGAAGAAAUCCUAGGUAAAAUCCGGAGUGCAGUUGGAAGUGCUCAGCUCCUCAUGUCUCAGAAAUUCCAACAGUUUUACUGGCUCUGUCAGCAGAACCUGGACCCCAGUGCAAUGCCUAGGCCCACCUCUCAAGACCUGGCAGGAUUCUGGGAUCUUCUACAGCUCUCCAUUGACGAUGUCAGCAUGAAGUUUGAUGAGUUGCAACAGAUAAAGAAUAAUGACUGGAGACCCAUUGAAACUCCGGAAAAGAAGGAGGAAAAGAAAACCCCACCUCCUGUGCCAAAGAAGCCCCCAAAAGGAAAAAUUCCUGUCACGCGAGAAAAGUCCCUGGACGUGCCAGACAGACAGCGACAGGAAGCCAGAAGACGGCUUAUGGCUGUCAAGAGGGCGGCUUCUUUUCGUCAGAACUCAGCUACAGAGCGAGCCGACAGCAUUGAGAUUUACAUCCCAGAGGCCCAGACCAGACUUUAA